AUGUUCUGGCGCAUGACCGGUCUCUCCGCGGCCUCGCCCGUGAGUUCCCUGCUCGUAGCUCCCCCAAUCCCCCUCCGCUCUCUCAGAUUGGUGGAUACAAUCCUAGACAAGGAAAAUUUUACACUUGAAGAACUUCUUGAUGAGGAUGAAAUUAUUCAAGAGUGCAAAGCACUGAACACCCGACUCAUAAAUUUCCUGCGUGACAAGGCCCAGGUGGAACAAUUGCUUCGUUAUGUUGUUGAAGAAGUUCCGGAUGACGCUGAAAAAAAGCGCUCUUUCAAGUUCCCUUUCAUUGCUUGUGAGAUAUUUACUUGUGAAAUCGAUGUCAUUUUGAGGACCCUAGUAGAAGAUGAAGAGUUAAUGGAUUUGCUUUUCUCAUUUGUGAAACCUGAUCAUCCACACAGCACAUUAUUAUCUGGUUACUUCAGUAAGGUGGUAAUUUGUUUGAUGCUGCGGAAGACUGCCCCACUAAUGAAUUAUGUUCAGGAGCAUCCAGAGAUUGUUGUCCAACUUGUUGACCUGAUUGGCAUCACAUCUGUAAUGGAGGUGCUGAUACGCCUGAUUGGUGCUGAUGAGACCAUAUAUUCAAACUAUGCUGAUACAAUGCAGUGGUUAGAAAAUACAGAUGUUCUUGGAAUGAUCGCAGAUAAAUUUAGCUCAUCGGACUCUCCUGAAGUGCAUGCCAAUGCUGCCGAAAUUCUUUGUGCUGUGACUCGAUGUGCACCUCCAUCUCUCGCUUCAAAGAUAUGCAGUCCAAGUUUUGUUGGGAGGUUGUUCUGCCAUGCUCUUGAAGGAUCAAGACCCAAGUCUGUGCUGGUUCAUUCAUUGUCAGUGUGCAUAUCUUUACUGGACCCAAAAAGAUUGGCAUCAGCUUCCUAUCAAGCAUUCAGAAGCAACGUAAGCCAUGGGGCAUUGGUCACUGCCAGUCCUGAGACAGUUGAUGGUAUGCUCGAGAGUCUAGGUAAUUUGCUGAACUUAUUGGACACCUCUGCUGCUGAAAAUGUUUUGCCUACAACUUAUGGAUGUUUACGCCCACCUCUGGGGAAGCAUCGACUGAAGAUUGUGGAGUUCAUCUCUGUUUUGCUGACAGUUGGCAGUGAAACUGCUGAACAGGAGCUAAUCAGCCAAUCGGCAAUAAAGCGCUCCAUUGACUUAUUCUUUGAGUACCCUUAUAACAACUUUUUGCACCAUCAUGUCGAGAAUAUAAUUGUUUCUUGCCUGGAGGGUAAAAGAACAGAACUUGUCGAACAUGUUCUUAAUGAAUGUGACAUUGUUGGUAAAAUUCUUGCUGCCGACAAGCUUUCUUCUUUGGCAACAGAAUCUAAUGGGCCUACUGUGCCGUCUGAAGGGAAAACCCCUUCAAAAAUUGGGAAUGUUGGUCACAUGACAAGAAUAGCCAAUAAACUCAUUCAGUUGGGAAAUAGUAACAGCACAAUCCAGACUCACCUGCAGGGUAACAGUGAGUGGGUUGAAUGGCAGACAGAUGUUCUGGUCAGGCGAAAUGAGGUGGAGAAUGUUUAUCAUUGGGCUUGUGGACGCCCAACCUCGCUUCAUGACCGUGGUAGGGAUAGUGAUGAUGAUGACUUCCGAGACAGGGAUUAUGAUGUUGCAGCUCUGGCCAAUAACUUGAGCCAGGCAUUCCGCUAUGGGAUAUACAGCAAUGAUGACAUUGAAGAGGCACAAGGGUCACUUGAACGUGAUGAUGAGGAUGUCUAUUUUGAUGACGAAUCAGCUGAGGUUGUAAUAUCUUCCCUGCGUCUGGGAGAUGAUCCAGACGGCAGUUCCCUCUUUACAAAUUCGAAUUGGUUCACGUUUGAUGGAGAGAGAGGUAUCAAUGACCGUUUAGCUGCCUCUGUUCCUUCGUCCUCACCCAACUCUGAGGAGGCUUCCCCAGACACCAAGGAAGCUGAUGAUGGUGAAGCAAUUGGCACUGAGGAUCAAAUGGAAACUUUGGGUCUUGGAAAUGGUCCUGCUAAGGAGGCCGAAGAUGCUGCAGAAUGUACCAAACAGACAAAUUUGAGCACUGAGAAUGAGCAACUAGAAAGUGCAGAAGGUACUGAGCGGCAUCUGGAUGUUUCAUUUCAUGGUACUGAAGCUAGCACAGACGAAGCUGCCUCUGAAGCAGCUGAAUCUUCAGUCUCAGCUACUGAGACACAGGCAGAGAGAACAGUUGAUAAACCAGCUGGCUCAUCUGAUUUGGACAAUCCUAUCUCUGAAGCUUCACCCGAUCCUGAUGUCAAUGGGAGUGAUUUGGCUGGCUCGGCAUUAUCUUCUGAGCAAGCUGUCCGUAACGAAGAUGUGGAGGUACCGACCAAGACUGAUGCAGUCGUGGAUACUGAAAUGAAAACUGAUACAGUCGUGGAAACUGAUGCAGUCGGGGAUGUUGGAGUGAAAGCUGAUGCAGUCGUGGAGGUACCAAGCAAGGAAGUAUCUGCCGUGGAUGUUGAAGCUAAAACUGGCGCAGCAGAAGCAAAAGAGUGA